CGGCGGGCCAACGCCAGGCAAGCCACGGAAAGAGGAAAAGUCUCGAGGCCCAGAGGAGACGGCGCUGCCGACUUGGGCUGGCUGCGGCUUUCCUCUCUAGCAACACUCGUCUGCAUCUUGUUGUAUCCGCUGCUCUGAUCGAGCUCUGUCGGUGAUCUACUUGCCCUCUGUAUACUGUUGCCAUUGAUUCCUCGGUGUGCGUUGACAGUGGCGGGCUGACUGCGUAUCGCCAUCUCACUGAGGGAUCGCCGACCUCCAAACUCAAACUUCAACUCGGCUCACUCAGGCCGCUCACCCACGACUCCCUCUGUGUCUGCGCCUGUACCUCCGGUCCUCAUCGCCGACGCUCAUUGUGUCCGUGUCCUUGAUGCGACGUCCCUGAGGGUAUCUCAAGGCCUCUACACAAUGUCUUCGUCGCGGCCGGGUUCGCGCCGCAUCAGCUCGGUCAGCAACUCCAAUACUGAACCCUUCCCUUCGAUACCCGAAUCGCCGGCAGGCCCAAGUUCUGCCAGCAACAAUACCACCACGACCAGCACCACGACUACGACGACCACCGUGCACAUCCCUCAUCGUGGGAGACCCUACACCAUAACCUCCACCCAGCCCCCGAGCCAAACUCCCAGCAUUGUUGCGUCCACGCCCGACAACACUGUCAUAACUAAUGCGACCGCGACGAACCCGACUGUAACGAGAACCACCUAUACCGCUCCUCAGAUCAACCAGAUCAAUCAGAUCAACCGAUUCCGGCCAGUCGGGAUCAGGAGACUGCCCUCGUCAAACCUGCGAGCGGCAGCGCAAGAUGCAGAGACCUCAUCAAGUCAACCUCCCAGCCGGGCUGGGUCUGGUAGAGGACGCAGCAGUUCUGCACCACAACGUCCGAACUUGGGCAUUCCGGGUUUAAACACACUAACAAGGCAAAGCACGAGACAGUCACUCCUGCCAACCCUCGCCGAAACCCCCUCGGCACCGGAACAUGCAGAUGGCACCGUGGAUCGGGACACCAUGAAUGAGAACGUUACGGGCGGCGUAAGUAGGAGACGGAGCAUCAGCAAUGCUGCACGUUCCAUUAUCAGCAGAAUGAGCGACACGUCGCGCGAACGACAAGGGCCUGAGUAUGAAACAGAAGUGGUCGACUUGCUCGAUGUGCUUGAUCCCGAAGUCUCAACCCUGACUACGCUCAACAACGUCCAAAACUCGCUGUUCGUGCCAGACCUGGGAAGAUGGUUAAACCGAAGACCUACCUACACGCUGAGUCGUCGGCCGACGCAGACGCGGAGACCCGAGACGAUUGAAGAAAAGGAAGUGGGCAUCACUCCGGUCACCACUGAGGCGGCACCAGGAGAGGAGCCACCCGUGGCAGGCCCGGAAGAGGAGGAGGAAUUGGGUGCUCCCGCCACCAUGCAAAGGACCUGGUCAUAUCAACGCAAACCCCAGAUUGAGCGCACCCACAGCAUUUCAUCAGUCGUUACAGACUCUCACUUUGCCGUGUUACCACACGGUGUCUCCCUCGAAGGAUGGAGUGAUGAAGAUAAGGAGGCCCUGGACGAUCAUGUCAGGCACAUGCUGCACUCGAAACGGUCGAAAUUUAAGCAGAGAAUGAUUGCUUUUGGGAAGUAUAUCCGGAAACCACUUGGAUUUUGCGUGUUUUUGUAUGCGACUCUAAUUACUCUAUUUGGUUUGGCUUGGGUUCUUUUCUUGAUCGGUUGGAUUUAUGUUGGAGACCGACAGGAAUACGACGUCAAUGUAAUCGACAAUGUGCUUGUUGCCCUUUUUGCCCUUGUCGGUGAUGGUCUGGCACCGUUCCGAGCUGUUGACACAUACCACAUGUGUUUUAUUGCUCAUUAUCAUCACUUGACGUGGAGAUUACGACGAGAAAAGGGCAUGCCAAAGCUGCGCGACCACAACGACCUCCCUGCUCAAGCGGAGAAGGAAGCUGACCCCGAGUCGGGGACUCCGGAGGAUUCCGAAUUCUCGGUUUUGACGCCCAAGCAACAGCAAAAGCUCCAUCACCACCAAGCCAAGUUCUCCAAGUCACAUUCCUUCUACAAGCCCCACGAAACAAGCACCCACUACGCUUUCCCGUUACGCUUGCUGGUGGCCAUCGUGGUGCUUCUGGACUGUCAUUCCCUGUUCCAGAUCGCGCUCGGUACCUGUACUUGGUCAAUCGACUACCACAGCCGCCCGCAAGCCCUGACGGCGACGAUUCUGUCGUGCUCCAUCACGUGCAAUAUCAUGGCCGGGAUCUUGAUCGCCAUCGGAGACCGAAGAACCCGCAAGAAGGACGUGGCUUUGAGAAUGGAGAGACAGGCCUUGACCCAGACAGCCAUCAAGAAGGUGGAGAAGCACAAGAGAGAGAGGCUGGAACACGAGCGUGAUGCUCAAGGGCGAGACGCGAAUUUCGAAGUUAUUGACGAAGAGACUGCGGACCAGGUUCAUCCGGGGAGUCAUUAGGCAUGGCUGUCGAAUUUGCCGAUCCAGCUGCAACAGAAGCAUGGCGUUGGGGGAGGAAGGCCUCUUAAACUCGUACUAGCCGACAUGACCCCAAUACGAUAAGCAAUUGGGCAGGAUGGAAGAGGUGCAUCUGUUCCCUUAUUGACUGCAUGGUGAUGUCCAUACUAUUUUGCGGAAACUUGGGUGAUAAGAAUACUGGCCUCGUCGUAACAAAGUCCACGCACAGGUCUUGUGAUCUCUGGCCAAAAUCAGCACCAUUUGGAUCUUCUUUGACAUUUCAAAUUCUCUGACUUAUGCGCUGGUUCUUGAGAGGAGGUGGAAGGAACUGGAUUUUCCUUUUGCCGAUUACCUAUAAAAGUGAUGGCAAGGCUGAGGACAGGGUGGAUCAGCUGUUGGCCUUCCAAUUGAUACGUGGGACAAGGCUGACACCUGGCUAACAUUUUCUGGCAAAAGCCCGACGACCCUCGGUUUCGUUUUCAAUUUCCACCAAUAUGAAUCCCUGGCCAGCCUCGAGGAAGCUGGAAGUUGGAAACAUGGCUGGACGCUCAAUCAGGCUGAGGGGGGUUGUCGCAAGGCAUAUUCGGUUCAUUUCAUCCUAUGGACAUGCAGUGCCACAUGCGGGGCAAUCCUGGUCUUUCGAGGAAAUGCUGGUGAGGCUGACUGGCGUGGAAGAUGGUGAGGUGAUGGCAG